AUGAGUCCAAUUCCUGAAUGGGAAGCAUCACUACACCAUCACCCACUUGCGGUUGAUGCAGAAGAAAUCAAAUCAUUUUUCUUCAAACAGACUUUGGAUCACUUCAACUAUAACCCAGAAAGCUACACAACAUUCCCACAAAGAUACCUUAUAAAUUUCAAGUACUGGGGUGGUGCCAAUUCUAGUGCCCCCAUAUUUGCAUACCUUGGUGCUGAAGCACCCAUAGAUAACUUCCCUAACAGCAUAGGAUUUUUAACUGAUAAUGCUGCUUCCUGCAAUGCCCUCUUGAUAUACAUAGAGCACCGCUACUAUGGGAAAUCAGUGCCAUUUGGAUCCAGGGAAGAAGCAUUGAAAAAUGCAAGCACUAUUGGGUAUUUCAACUCAGCUCAAGCCUUGGCAGAUUAUGCAGCAGUGCUCAAACAUAUCAAGAACACAUUACAUGCCCAAAAUUCCCCUGUGAUUGUAAUUGGAGGAUCAUAUGGUGGAAUGCUUGCCUCGUGGUUUAGGCUGAAAUAUCCCCACCUGGCAAUUGGUGCUUUGGCCUCAUCAGCACCAAUCCUAUACUUUGAUAACAUCACGCCACAAAAUGGUUACUACUCUGUUGUCACCAGGGAUUAUCGAGAAGCUAGUGAGACAUGUUACAAAACUAUACUGCAAUCUUGGAGUGAAAUUCACAGAGUAGCUUCUCAACCAAAUGGUUUGGUCACUCUCAGCAAGAGAUUCAACACUUGCCAUUUAUUAAAGCAACCUGAUGAAUUGAUAAACUUCUUAAGGUUGAUGUAUGGUUAUGGAGCUCAAUAUAAUGAACCUCCAAAAUAUCCAGUUAAUGUGAUUUGUGGUGGCAUUGAUGGAGCUUCUCUUGGGAGUGAUAUCCUAAGUAAGAUAUAUGCAGGUGUUGUGGCUCUCAAAGGAAACACCACAUGCACAGUUAAUGGCCCAACUAAUGAAUCUGAGACAACUGUGGGAUGGAGAUGGCAGACAUGUAGUGAAAUGGUAAUACCCAUCGGCAUAGGAAAUGAUACAAUGUUUGAACCUAAUCCUUUCAACCUAAAGAGGUAUGUGGAAGGCUGCAAGACAACUUUUGGUGUUUCACCUCGUCCUCAUUGGAUCACUACAUACUAUGCUGCCCAUAAUAUUAAAUUGGUACUUGGAAGAUUUGGAAGCAACAUUAUUUUCUCCAAUGGGUUAAAGGACCCAUAUAGUAUUGGAGGGGUUCUGGAAAACAUAUCAGACAGCAUUGUUGCCGUUCAUACAGUUAAUGGAUCUCAUUGUCUGGAUCUUUUGCGGGCAAAUCAAAGUGAUCCAGAAUGGUUGGUAAAACAACGAAAGGAAGAGAUGAAGAUAAUAAAAAGGUGGAUAGCCCAAUACUAUGCUGAUCUUCAUGCACUCAAGGACAACCCAAAAUUCCAUACCAAAUGAUUGGGGAAAACACAAGUUGGAAAAAAAUAAAUAAAUUCAAAGGCUAUACAUGAUCUCAAACUGUGCAACAACGAUUACUUUCAUAUCCAUUUUAAUUGUUUAGUUUGGAAAAUUUUUCUUUACCAUUGUUAAAAUUUAUGACC